UAAACAGAUGUCAGUAAAUGUUUACGCCUUUAGAAGAAAUUUAAAGAAAAAUAUUAAUAAACAUUUAGAAUCAAAACAAUUCAUAAGAAGAAAAACAAUUGAAAAAAAUGUUAUCCCAAUAUAUGGAAGAAUUUGAACAGGAACCCUUUGAGGUCAGUGAAUUUGUUGAAAGAUUAACCUGGCGUACCAAUAACGAAUGCGUCAAUAGCAAAAAAUCAGCUUCGGAAAAUCUUAUAGCUGCCGAAAUAAAAGAUUUCAAUCCUACAGCUUUGCAUGACACAUUCAUACAAACAAUACAAGACUUGAAAAAACUCCAGGAAAAGCAGCAGGCUAAAUGUGAACGUCUAGAGGAAUCGUUGAAGCAAGAACAAGAGGCCCAUACAAAAAAUAUACUCAAACUAAAAGAGCGUCAUCAGCUGGCUUCGGACGUCUUCUGGCAAUUGGAUGAGAAAAUCAACUCGGUGGCUGGAAAAAUUAUACACUUAGGAGAACAACUUGAAAAUGUCAAUACUCCACGUAGCCGCACGGUGGAAGCCCAAAAAUUACUUGACUAUAUGUCGGAGUUUCUAAUAAGUGGACCCAUUGUUAACGAUAUCUUUACGGAUCCCUCACGUCUCUAUGAAGCAGCCGAUGUUAUACAGAAACUUUAUGCAAUUGCCCAAGAUUUGCCCUUGGAGAAAUUUACCGAAUCCAAGAGAAAAAUCGAACGAAAAUACGAUGAAGUAGAGAGAAGAUUAAUUGAGGAGUUUGCUGCUGCUCAAAAGAAUGAAGAUAUAGAAAAAAUGAAAAAGUUAGCACAAAUAUUGUCGCAAUUUAAAGGCUAUGCCCAGUGUAUUGAUGCCUACAUUGAGCAGAGCCAGAUGACACCGUAUGGCGGUAAAGACAUAUUUAUUGGUAUCGUGCCAAUGUGCAAACAUCAUUAUGAGAUUAUAAAGAAAGUAUUUGCCAAUCCACAGCAGGUUAUGACCAAAUUUAUACUGAAUAUUUAUCAGUUGAAAUUACAUCAAUAUGCCAUGACUAAAUUGGAUGACAAGAGGGACGAGGAGAAAUAUUUGAAAACUUUAUAUGAGCUGUACUCGCGUACCCUAAAACUAUCUUCCGAAUUACAACACUACAUGUCAGCCAUGGACGAUGACUUACUUAACAAAUUAACCCAGCAGAUUUUCCAAAAACAUUUGACAAAUUAUGUGGAAAUUGAAUCGAAAUUCUUGCAAACAAAAUGCUCAAACGAAUUGGAAAAAUUCUAUGCUAGUAAAAAUCAUCAAAAGAAACCAACCGAACGUUUCCAGGAACUCAAGCGAGAUGUUCAAGUGCUUAUACGAACUAAAGCCAACAUAAAUAUAGCACAAGUUGAAGAUUAUGGUGGGGAAACAUUUCUCUCCGAAGAAUUGGCCAUUAAAAUGUUGCAAGAAGCCAAUGCGGCCCUCAAACGUUGUCGUCUGCUAUCAAACGAAGCGGAAUUACCCGGAAACAUUGUUAAAUUAAAUGAUAUACUAUUGCGUUUUCUUAUGCACGAACAUGCCAACUAUGCUUUGGAUUUGGGUUUAUAUAUAAUACCGAUUGCUGACACCGGAAGGACAUUUCCGCAGUUGUACUUUUUUGAUGUGGUACAAAAGACGAACAUAAUUACACAUCUCUUGGAAGAUCAAUGCAACACUUCUGUGGUGCCCUGUGUAGUCAAUACAGCCAAGUAUUCGGAUUAUGUUUUUAAAAAACGCAUGAUGAUGGAACAAAUAGAAAGUAAACUUGAUCUGGGUUUAGAUCGUACUCUAAAUGCCAUCAUUGGCUGGGUUAAAUUUUAUUUACAAAAUGAGCAAAAGAAAACGGAUUACAACAAACCAGAUUCGGAUUUUGAUACCUUAUCAUCGGCGGCCUGUUUACAUGUGUGUCAAAAUAUGUUGCCCGUUAUACAACAAAUAAAAAAAUGUAUCGAUGGUGAAAAUCAAAAAUUCAUAUUAAACGAAUUUGGUGUACGUUUACAUCGUGUUAUUUAUGAUCAUUUACAAACGAUGCAAUUCAAUACGGCCGGAGCAAUGUGCGCCAUUUGUGAUGUCAAUGAAUACCGCAAAUGUAUACGAGAAUUGGAUAGCCCAUUGGUCACCCAACUCUUUGACAUACUACACGCUUUGUGUAAUUUGCUAUUGGUUAAACCGGAAAAUCUAUUAGAAGUUUGCACUGGUGAAACAUUGAAUUAUUUGGACAAGUUUGUAGUGCGUCAAUUUAUACAAUUACGUGCAGAUUUUCGUGAUAUAAAAAAUACCAAUAAUUUAAAGGGUAUUAUCGACUACAUUAAUUAAUUGCAUUAUUCCUAGAAGCGAUGAAAUAAAGCAUAUACAAAUAUAAUUACUCAUCGAUAAUAUUUUAUAAUUUAUUGCUACCUUUUUAUUUAUAAAUAUACUUUGUUUAAUAUACUAUUAUUUAAUAAAAUAUCUGCAAUCUUAGAAGAACAUUCCAUUUAAUGUUAAAACAAAAUAAACACUUAUUCAAGUU